GAAUAUUGGGCUUGUAAUUAGAUGGAUCCAUCUUUCUCCAUUAUUUACGAAGCUUUAUCAUUUGUAAAUUUAUUGUGCAAGUUGUUCAUUGUUGAAUGAAAAUUGAUUUUUACGGAAUUCGAGUAAACAAACUCGGAUGGAUCGAUGCUGAAAGCACCCAAUUUCGUUGAAUUGUUAUAGUUUGGUUGGACCCAGCAUGGAUCCUACCGACAUGGGCACCCGAGCUCAUUUCGGCGCCGUUGAUUAUAUUAUUCUUGCGGCGACUAUGCUGGCUUCUGUGGCCAUCGGAGUUUAUCACGGCAUCAAAGGCAACAAAACAGCUGUUGAUUUCUCCAUGGGGAGCCGCUCCAUGACGCCCUUCCCGGUGUCCCUGUCUCUACUUGCAACGUUCCUCUCAGCGAACGCAAUUCUAGGCUAUUCAGGAGAAGUUUACGCUCACGGCUGUGGUUUAACCUGGUCGAUGUUAGGUACGGCCAUGGCUAUAAUCUUCGCUGCUGAGGUCGUCAUGCCAGUCUUGCAUCCUCUGAAGCUGGUCAGCCCAAAUCAGUACCUGGAGAUGCGGUUCGGUUCGGCGUGGCUGCGGCGCUUGGCGAUGGGCAUGAGGUUGGUGAGUGUCACGAUGUUUAUGGGCCUCGCUCUGUACGCCCCCACGCUGGCCCUAGCCGCUGUCUCGCCCAUCUCGUCUACCACCUUCAUCUGGAUAAUGGGUGUUGUUGUCACCAUCUACGCUUCAUUCGGCGGCUUGAAGGCGGUGGUGUGGGCGGACGCGUUCCAGAUGGUGCUGAUGACGGCAGGGGUUUUGCUGGUGACGGUCAUGUCUUGCGUGGAGGUGGGCGGUGUCCAAAAAGUAUUGACAGUCGCCUACCAAGGAGGACGAACUGAAGGACUCGACAUAAGCACAGACCCUCGAGUGCGCCACACCGUCUGGAACGUAAUCUUGUUGACGCUCGUAAGCUGGGGCAGCCACUACAGCGUAGCACAAGCCAGCUACCAACGUGUCAGCUCAGUGGCCACACUCUCACAGGCCAAGAGAGUUUUGUACUACAACCUUGUCGGCAUGACCGUCUUCAUGCUUCUGGUGUUCUUCAUGGGCCUCGGCGUCUACGCGGUCUACGCAGAUUGCGACCCGUUUGCUCGGGGCUUCAUCUCCAGCAAGGAUCAAAUUUCAGUUUAUUUUGUGAACGACAAACUGAAGGACUUCAUUGGGAUCCCUGGUAUUUUUGUGGCAACCCUUCUCAGCGCAGCUCUAAGUUCAGUGUCGUCGGCAGUGAAUACUCUGGCGACUUUGCUGUGGGGUGACGUCUUGUCGCACACUUCUUGCUUCAAGGGCUGCUCUGACUUUGUGGCAGCCACCACCAACAAAGUUCUGACGGCGUUGCUGGGAGCCACAAUUAUCGGCAUGGCUUUUCUUGCGUCGGAGCUGGGCGGGCUGAUCCAAGCAGGGUACAUGGUCGUCGGGGUGAUGUCUGGGCCAGUGUUUGCCGUGUACCUGUUGGGCUUGGCGGUGCCUUUCUGUGAUAAGCGGGGCGCUUUCUCGGGUCUCCUCUUUAGCUAUAUUUUGUGCGUUUGGAUGUCAGCGGGAAGUUUUCUCACCAACUCUUCCAAGCCGCCGAUGUUGCCGCUCUCCACAGCGGGCUGUCCCGUUAACGCCACCGUCACCACCUUCAUUACCCUCACUAACACCACCAAAACCACCCCAAACACGUCAGCGCCAGCCUUGUCGUUCCUGUACUCAAUAUCGUACACACUUUACCCCUUCAUUGGCCUGACGACUUGUCUGAUCGUGGGGAUCCUCGUGUCACUCGUUGCGUGCUACCAAGAUCCCAGGACGGUCCCAGGGUACCUAGUGCUGCCCUGUAUACGGCGCUUCACAAAACAAGAAAUCGAUGCUGACAACGGAAUCUCUUGUAUACGCAUUGAAGCCCUCAAAAAUACUGGAAAUUUAUUCGAUAAUCGGAUAAAUGAAACUAAAAGUAACUCACAAUUUUGACUUAUAUGAUUAGCCAAGGAAACAAGUUUACAGUCAUGUGAAUUCCGACAACCAAGAAGCCUUUAAAUGAUCGGAAUUUUUUAAAUUCUUCUCCAAUUUAUGUAUUGAAUAUUAUGGUUUCUCACAAACCAUAUCGCAAGCCUUGAACCGUUAAUUCUUUUCUCAAUUAAUCAAGAAUUUCUUAGUACUACCAACGCAUUUAUAGGUCUUGUUCUAUUUUUAAAACAAUAUUUUUUAUUUUCAAA